CGAAUCGACAAACAACAAUUAUAUCCAUGUCCGGCAAAUAAAUAUCACCUCAUAGUGAACCGUGUUGAUAAAUUGGAGCAAAUUGUUAAUGAAACUGCUAUAUCUUUUCCUUGUUGAAGUAUCAUCUUUAACAUCACACACUUUAUACAACGUAACCAUAUUUUAUAAAGAUCAAACAUUAUUUUUCAAGGAAAUACAUACACUUGAAGGAGUUCCAUCUGAAGUAUUAGAUCUUCACACAACUCUGCUAUCCAGCAAUAACAUAACUCUAACUUGGAGGGCCCCAAAAGAACCAAAUGGAAAAAUAGUACAGUAUCGUGUAAUGUUAAAAAUUCAAGAAUACUACGGCUGUACGGAUGUUGGUGAAUUUCAAUCAAGUAAUCAUACUAUUGAAAAAUGGACAACUCACAGAACAAUCACAAUAUCGAAUUUACAGCCAUAUGCAAAUUACAGGGCACAAGUCACAGCUCACAAUUCGCGACAUGGCGGCACAAGUACAAACAUAACUUUUGAGACGAAGGAAUCCGCUCCACCUCCGAUAACUAAUCUGGAUGUUGUGGAAAUUGAUACCCGCCAUCGCCGUGAAAUGAUACAUUUGAGAUGGAAAAGUCUAGUUCCACCUACGAAUGGAAGGUUGAGUCAUUACGUCAUUCGAAUAUGUAAUUUAAGCUGCUUUAACCAAUAUGAAGUUAAUGUUAACAACACCUGUGACUUGUGGAAUGAUUACAUCUGCGCUACUAUAAAUUUUACACAUUUAAAAAUUCAGAUUUUAGCCUACAAUAUAAAUGUUACUGAAUCAAGUGUUCCCGUUAAUGUUACCAACACAAUGCUAGAUAAUACAACACCAGAUACACCUGGGAAUUUCACUUUGACAGUCAAGAACAAUAAUGUAAUUGACGUAAAAUGGGAUCAUCCUUGGAAGACAGGCAAACACCUGCAGUAUUUUUUUAUCCAAAUACAUAAAGUAUCUUCAAAUUUGACGAAGAACAUUUCAAUAGUAUCUGAUAAAAAAGUUCUUAAAAAUUACGCGCGUUAUUAUAAACAAGAAUUAUAUUUGUUUCCAUCAACGCUGUAUAAUAUUCAAAUUCAAGCUGUGACAAUAGCAAACAAAUCUAGCAGCACUAAUACCAAAAUAUUGCAAACACCUACCACGAUCGAUUUUGAUGGGAAUCUGAUGGCAGACGUAAAGAAAUUUGAUUCCACGAUAUCAUUAAAGAUUCCGCCUGUUCUAAACGAUACGCAACAUAGUAGAAUACACAUCAUAGUAAAAGGACCUAAAGAACCUUGCAAACAUUUAGAAGUGCCUCCAAUUUUAAAAACGCAAAUAAACAUAAAGAUUAAUGAAAGUGCUUGGCAAGCUGCAGAAGGUUCGAUCAGCGAAUUUGCUAACCAGGAAUUUAUUGUUGGCAACAAUAAUACUUACGGUAAUGCUACGAAUUGCCCACUAAAACCUGAAGGAUCGUAUAAUAUAACAGUUGUCUUAAUCGAAGGGAAUUUAACUGUUAUAAGGACUGCGUUUACAAUAUUAAAACGUGAAGAUACAACAAAUCUUGAUAAUCCUGUUGAUUCUGUUGAUCCAUCAAUGCGUCACGAAGUGUGGUUUAUACCAAUAAUAUGUCUGAUUCUGGUAGGCGCAAUUUUUUAUUUUUAUCAAAGAAGAAAGCAGCAAUUAGAUAAGCAGGUAAUGCCGCAGGAUGAAAUAAUUUUGUCGCAAAACAUUGAAAAUUACGAGCAUGAAACUUCCGUGAUAUCAACCUCAAAGCAGGAGUCAUCGACGCCUUCCGACAGACAGUCUUUAUCGCGGGCAGCCACUCCGGAAAUGUCACUGAUUGCAAUCGAGAGUAGCGAAGAGAAGAAAGAGACGGCAUCAUUGAUUAAAGUGAAAGAUUUUGAGGAUUAUGUCAGACAGGCAAUACAAUCAGGAUUGUUAGACAAACAGUACGAAACGUUUCCAAGAGGACAAACUCAACCGUGGGAUUAUGGCAAAUUACCAGAGAACAAAUCUAAAAAUCGAUACGGAAAUCUUAUAGCAUAUGAUAAAACGCGUGUGAUACUGAAUAAACUUCCGGAUGACGCUUACUCAGAUUAUAUCAACGCCAAUUACAUCACUGGUUAUAAGAAAAAGAAACAUUACAUAGCGACACAAGGACCCAAACCCAACACAGUCAUUGAUUUUUGGCGCAUGAUUUGGCAAGAACGUGUUCUUAUUAUUUGUAUGUUGGCUAAUGUGAUCGAAAAUGGAAAGACAAAAUGCGAGCAAUAUUGGCCCGACAUUGGCAAGAAGAAGAAAUACGGUGAUGUCAUUGUACUAAAUGCAAAGCACAACGUUUUCGCGGAUUAUUGCUUUAGAAUUUUUCAAGUCACUUGCGGAGAUGAAACUCGAAAGAUAGAACAUCUGCAUUAUACAGCCUGGCCGGACCAUGGUGUGCCAUUGUACACACAUUCUGUAGUAACGUAUUUGAAGAAACUAUUGGCGACACCACCUGGAAAUGGGCCUGUUGUUGUUCAUUGCAGUGCUGGUAUUGGAAGAACUGGAACCAUCAUUUUGUGCGACAUUUGUCUCCGUCGUGCAGCGGCCGAAGGGUUCGUCGACGUUUUCGCUGAAACGGCAUCCAUUAGAAGCGAAAGAGCGAACAUGGUAGAUAAUAAGCAGCAAUAUCUUUUGGCGCAUUUAGCAUUGGUGGAAUGUUUGCUUUCCAUUCCGACCGCAUUGCCAUGUAAUAUGUUACCAACACGAAUCAAUGAAUUAAAGAAACAACUAUUAGUUCAACAGCAAAGACUACAAAAUACUGCGUGGCAGAACGAAGCUCUACGGCAAGUGACGGUUUCAUAUCCAUUAUCAGAGCGUAAUCGUGCCAAAAACAGAUUUCCAGAACUGAUUUCAGAUAAAGUCAGCAGAGUGUAUUUGAAAAGAUAUCCGACAUCGGAUGAGGACAGCGAUUAUCUAUCUGCCGUGUACGUAGAUGGAGUGAAACUUCAAAAUCAGUAUAUAGCCACACAGCUACCUAUGCCAUCAACGAUUAACGAUUUCUGGCGGAUGAUUGCCGAAUUCAAAGUGGAACUUAUUCUUAUGUUACAACCGCCUGAUCUUCAAGAUCCUACUUGUUGUGCAAUCGUUCCUAUGAGCGACGAGUUUACACCAACGCCAUACUUAAACAUUACAACAAAGGACACUGUGGAAUUGGAAUAUUAUACAUCAAAAAAAUUGUUACUCGUUGAUAAUUCUGAGAAACCUCCGAGAGAACAAUUUGUCACUAUAUUGUGUUUAACGGAGUGGAAACCUGGAAAGGAUCAACCACUGCCAUCAGUUAUGUCGAUGGUAACUUUUUGGCAAGCCACGGAAAGAAUCGCAAGAGGCGAUGGACCUACUGUCACGCUUUGCCAUGAUGGAGUAACUGGAUGCGGUCUCUAUCUAGCGUUGAGUUUUCUGUUGGAGCGAAUGGCCGUCGAAAGGGAGUGCGAUGUUUGUUUAGCAGUGCGAGCGGUUAGACGGUCAAGAUCAGAUUUUGUUCAAUCUUUGGAACAACUGGAAUAUCUAUAUGACGCCGCAGAAGCAUAUUUGAAGUACUUCGAAACCUAUGCAAAUUUCUCGUAAAAUAGAAAUCUUGCUAAUGUGAUAUUGUAUAAUACAACAGAGUUAUAUUAUAAUAGAAAGCCAAAUGUGCGAUAGCUGUAUACGUGUAUAUGGCUAUACAUUUAUAUCAAAUAUUAAUUUGCGCUUGCAAUUAUAGAAAUAAAUAUUGUACUUUAUUCUAACAAGGAACAUGUAAAAUUAUUGUAAAAAUUUAUAGCAAUAUUUCUGCGUUUUUCUUAGUUUUACUAUUAUUGUACGAUCAAGGUAAACUACUUUUAUACUUAUGCAUGUAUUAUCGUGAUAUGUGCAACGAUGAUCUCACGAUGUUUUACGUUGACAAUGCACAUACACACAUAUAAUUAAAUUUAAUGUUAAAAAAAUUAUUAAAGUAUAUAGUAUAUUAUAUAGAGUAUAUAUAAAUCUAAUAUAUUUUUUCUAAAAAUAAAUUAAAGGAACAUCUAAGUAAGCACUGUCUGCAAUCCUUUUAAAUAUAUCGUCUAGACUUAAAUUUAUACUGUUUCCUUUUUAGGACACUAUAUAUUCGACAAUAGUUUGUAUAAUAAAAUGGAUUACUCAUAAUGUAUAUUCAAUAAGUUAAAUUAAUUACAAUCAUUUUUAUUUUUUUAUUUAAUUUUUUUUCGUUUAAUUAUAGCACUGGCGGAUUCUGGGGGCGGGGUUUUUUGGGGUUAAAACCUCCCCCUUCCAAGUUAAAAAAAAAUCAAUUUUGCUGGAUCCGUUUCAAAAAUCUUGGUAAAAAAUACAUUAAAGCAGGUCAAAACCCCCCUUAUUAUCGACAUCAGGAUCCGCUAGUGAAUUAUAGUUAUAUUAAUAAUAUGUAUCAUCACACUUUCUUAUAUAAACUAUGUAACUUA